CAAAGCUCCACCAGACAAGGCGGAAUUCAUGCACUUAAAUCCAAUUCAGAAAUCACAAAAAAUUGUAGCAACAUCGAGGAUCGACUGCUAGAAGCCAUCGACCGACCUCGAACAACUCUCGUCCGGUGGACAAGUCGACACACUUAGGGUCCAAUCGACUUAUCCUUGAGACUACAAAGCAAGACCACAUUCAUAAGGCGAAACAAACUAGAGACCUCGUUGUGAAAGAUUUGAGAUGGAAUUCUCAACUAUUUUAUUUUUUGGGACAUUGGUCUCAUCUGUGUGCACUGUGAAAGCUGCAGAGAAGAUGACAGAUUUGCCAACCUGCAACUACCCUGCAAUAUAUAACUUUGGUGAUUCGAAUUCGGACACAGGCGGAAUAGCAGCGGCAUUUUAUCCGAUGGCAGCACCCUGCGGUGAGACGUACUUCCAUAGGCCAGCCGGAAGGGGCUCCGACGGGCGCCUGAUCAUUGACUUCAUACAUGUAAAUCCAUCGCCAGGCUGUUUGUGACGUGCAAUUUUUCUAUUUCGUGUAGCCGAUUACUUGGGGCUGCCAUAUUUGAG